UUUCUCUCUUAACUUAUAACAAAAUUAGAAAGAAAGAAAAUGCAUGCCCUCAGUUGUCCUUGCCUUCACGCAGCCAAUGGCCACAACUUGUUACCACAGCCCAACGUCCGUCUAUUUUUUAAACAUGUACCAAGAAAUUGUCAGUUCCAAACUGAAGGCUCAGUUGUUUAUAAGAAAAUCUUCUGCAAACAUGUGCCUAAUGCUGGAAAUUCCUUAGGUUACGCAGAUGAGUUGCAAACUGAGGAAAAAAAAUACCUAGAUGGGGAAAAAAACAUUCAGAUGACUAAAACAAUCAAGACAGGGAAGUUGGUAGAGAAAAUCAAAGAUAUGUUGAAUAGCUUGAAAGAUGGAAUUUCAAGUGUGUCACCCUAUGACACAGCAUGGGUUGCCCUAAUUAGAGAUACAAAUGGAAGUGAUAAACCACAAUUUCCAUCUUGUCUUCAAUGGAUAGUAGACAAUCAACUUUGUGAUGGUUCAUGGGGAGAGGAGUCUAUUUUUUGCAUUUACGAUCGUCUAUUGAACACAUUAGCAUGUGUUGUUGCACUAACAACUUGGAAUACUGCCCCUGAGAUGAGAAACAAAGGUGCAUUGUUUAUAAAGGAAAACAUAUGCAAGAUAGAAACAGGGAAUGUUGAAAACAUGACAUGUGGAUUUGAAAUUGUGUUUCCUGCGCUCCUUGAGAAAGCUCAACAUUUGGAUAUUGACAUUCCCUAUGAUGCUCCCGUCUUGAAGAAUAUAUGUGCAAGGAGAGAAAUGAAAUUUAAAAGAAUUCCUAAGGAUCUGGUACAUACAAUUCCAACAACAUUAUUGUUUUCAUUAGAAGGAUUUCGUGACUUGGAUUGGAAAAGGCUUUUGAGGCUUCAAAUGCCAGAUGGCUCAUUUUUAACAUCCAUUGCCUCAACUGCCUUUGCAUUUAUGGAAACAAAUGAUCAAAAUUGUUUGAAAUAUCUUCAAAGGGUUGUUCAUAAGUAUAAUGGAGGAGCUCCGCACAGUUACCCAGUAGAUAUGCAAGCGCGACUAUGGGCAAUUGAUCGAUUACAACGUCUUGGAAUUUCAUAUUAUUUUGAGGAAGAAUUCAAGGACAUGUUAGAUCAUGUACAAAGAUACUGGAAUCAAGAGAUUGGAAUUUUUAGUGGAAGGAAUUCAAAUUAUUGUGACAUUGAUGACUCAUGCAUGGCUAUUAGGCUUCUAAGGUUACAUGGAUAUGAUGUUAAUCCAGAUGUGCUCAACAAAUUCAAAGAUGGUGACAAUUUUUUUUGCCUAAUGGGUGAAACAGACAAGUCACCAACAGCUAUGUACAAUCUCUAUAGAUGCUCUCAAGUUUCAUUCCCGGGAGAGAAAAUUCUUGAUGAUGCAAAGAAAUUUACCUACAAUUUCUUGCAACAUUGUUUGUCAAAUAACCAGUCCUUAGACAAAUGGUUAAUAGCCAAAGAUAUCCCUGGAGAGAUACGAUAUGCAUUGGGAGUUCCAUGGUAUGCUAGCCUACCCAGGGUGGAAGCUCGGUCAUACCUCGAGCAAUAUGGUGGAGCAAAUGACAUUUGGAUUGGCAAGACGUUACACAGAAUGCCAGACAUAAGCAAUAAUGUAUAUCUUGAGGCUGCAAGAUUAGAUUACAACAAAUGCCAAAGUCAACAUCAAUUUGAAUGGACCAUUAUUCAAGAGUGGUUUGCACAAUGCAAUUUUCAACACUUUGGAAUAAGAAAAAAGGAGCUAUUGGUAGCUUAUUUCUUAGGCGCAGCAAGUAUAUUUGAAGUAGGGAGAUCAAGAGAAAGACUUGCAUGGGCUAAAUCUAUUAUAAUGUGUAAGAUGAUUACAUCUUAUUUCACUGAAGACGAACCUACCACUUCAACCAAAAACAGUAGGAAUGAAACAAGGCAGAUGCUUCUAAACAAUCUUCUACAGUUUUUGCACCAACUUUCAGAAGAGACUUAUGAAACCCUAAGUAAAGACAUUCACCUACAACUACACUCCGCUUGGGGAACAUGGUUGAUGUCUAUUGGAGAGGAGAAAAGUGCAGGUCAAGAAGAAGCCGAACUGCUAGUGCGCACAAUUAAUCUUUGUGGUGGCCUUAUGGUAGAUGAUGACAUUUUAUCCAACAUAGAUUACAAGAAUAUAUCUAACAUUACCAACAAAGUUUGUUUCAAGCUUCAAAGUGGAAAGGUGAGCCCUCGCACCAAUGAGAUUGAAUCAAACAUGAAAGAACUAGUAAAACUAGUGUUGGAGAAUUCAUCGUGCUGCAUAAAUAAAGAUAUGAAGAAAACAUUUUUGACAGUUGCAAAGAGCUUUUACUAUUCAGCACACGUCACAGAGGAAGUACUCAAUUUUCACAUAUCUAAAGUGCUCUUUGAACCAGUUGAAUAGGAUUCUUAAGUAGGUGUAUUAUAAUAAAAAUAAAUUGUGAAAAAAAUAACGCUUCAUAUCAAAUUUUGUUAUUGUUUGUAACCAUCGUGAUGACUACCAAAAAGAAAACCAUCGUGAUCAAUGUCAAUCUAUACUUGUACCAUGUUGGUUUUUUGGCUCUUUUUUUUCUCUCACAUCAUUGUUUUACAAUUUGGGGAGGAGGUUUUAGAGUUAUAAAAGAAUCUUCCUCCUCCCAUUUGAAUCAUCCCAAAAUUGUUCUCUUCUUCCACAAUUAAUAGGAAAGGUUGGGUGCUCGGAGAUUAAGCCUAUUUAACUAAAUUCCGUUAUCAAAUUUUCUGGUGUCUUUAUUUUUAGUAUUCAAUAUUAUUUGUCGGAUAUUUAUUUGUUAGUGUUCUGUCUGGUUCAAUUGUUCUGAAUCAGUUCAUUUCACUUAAUUGUUCCGUUUUAGUGGGAAAAUCUUCCACAUCAGAAAAGAAUUCCUUUGGUCCUUUUGAACCCAAGGUUUGUCCUAGGCUAAGGUUCUGUUUGAGUAUGCUCUGUGGUUGCAGCUCUGUCUGAUCUUCCACAUCAGAAAAGAAUUACUUUGGUCCUCUUGGGUUGUUUGCAGUUGUUGUACUAUUGAAUAUUUUUUAUUGAGUCUGUAAUGGCAAAUAAAGAUCAAGAAAAGGAGGAUCCUAUUAUAAAUAUUACGCCGAGGGCAUCGUGCUCCUCGUCAUCAUGGUCGAGGUUCCCGUUGUCCUGUCUGAAGUUGACGAUGAAAAUAUUUGAUGGUACUGACCAUUUUGGCAUGUGGCAAGGAGAGGUUGUGGACUCACUUUUCCAGCAGGGUCUUGAUAUUGCUAUUGAAGAAAAGAAACCAGAAGAGGUAGAAGAAAAAGAUUGGAGCAUUAUUAAUCGGUUGGCGUGUGGAAUAAUUCGAUCAUGCUUGUCCAGAGCAGAAGUAUGCUUUCAAGAAUGAGACUUCUGCGCACAAAUUAUGGAAGGCGUUGAAGGAUAAGUUUCUGAAAAAGAAUGGUCAGAACAAGCUCCUAAUGAAGAAAAGGUUGUUUUUAUUUGAUUAUCAAUAAGGUACUACUAUGAAUGAACACAUCAUUAUGUUUAAUCAAUUAGUAGCAGACCUGUUGAAUUUAGAUGUGAAAUUUGAGGAUGAGGAUCUGGCUUUGAUGUUGUUACCAUCUCUU